AUGUUCCGCAAGCUCCGUGUUAGUGGCAGCGAGCCCGCGCCAUCAGCGCCGGCCACGACAGUAGAGAGAAAAACUGUUGACCCAUCCCCUCGCGCCAUCCAUAUCAGCAACGUGAGGCGGUCACCCACCAAGCUACCCCGCAAACCCGGUUCCGAUCCACAGUCCAUAUCCAUUAUCGUCGCGAAUGCCAAAGGCGCCCCCGACUCCUCGUAUCUUUACAGUAGAGAGAAGGCCUACGGCGAGUUUGACCCUACAGGCGACUUCGAAACAGAUUACCUUUGCGACAGUCAUGUCUACAAUGUCCGCUUCAUCCCGCCCAACGUCCUGGGGCUUGGCCUAGCUUACCUCUGCCUCAUGCAGCAUGUCUGCCUCGUCUUCGCGUACGACGCUUCGUCGAGGGAAUCGUGGGACGAAAUGGUCGCCGCCUGCGAGAGGAUGCGCAGCCGCUGCGAAGACGGGGUCCUCCCCUUUCUUGCGACAAUGAUCGCCGCCAUGGGUGAAGGUGAAGCCCCAGUGUCGCACGCGGAAGCUGAGGCGUUUGCAACCCAGCGGGACUGUCGCUUUGUCAAGUUCUCGCCCGCAACUGCGCGCGGCAUUUGCGAUGCGGUCAGCUCGCUAGUUGAGCUGGCGCACGGUGCUCGUGAUAAGUAUGCCAUGGAUCAGGAGGGUUAUACCCAGAGGUACAAGAGGGCGGAGGCAUUGCAGGCAUUAUCUCCCACCUAG